AUGCCGAAGAAAACAAGUGAUUUAUCAAAAUGGCUCAUUAGACCUGAAAAACGAACAAACGAAGAAGCAGCAACAACACCUACAACGACGACACCUACAACGACAGCACCAACAAACCCGGAGAAUAAUUUUAAGGAAACAACGAGUGAUCCAUCUAAACCGAACCAACCUCGUUCUUUGAGUUUUCCAAAAACAACGUUUGGUAAAGAUCCGAAACAAAGAUCGUUUAACCCAACAUGGUUUGACAAGUUCCUCUGGUUACAUUACGACCAAAAUAAAGACGCUGCUUUCUGCUUUACUUGUCUCAGUGCUCUUAGAAAAAGCAUGAUUUCUGCAACAAAAGCAGAGACAGUUUUUACUGAAACCGGCUACCGAAAUUGGAAAAAGGCGCUUGAAUCUGGAAGAGGAUUUUCUAAACACGAAUGUAGCGACUCCCAUAAAGAAGCCACUGAAAGACUGAUUACUGCGCCAGGUACAUCAAAGGACAUUGGUGAAAUCAUGGUAGAUAAUCUUGCAGCCACAAAGGAAAGGAAUAGACGAAUGCUGUUAAAACUGUUGCAAAGCGUUCGAUAUCUAGGGCGACAAUCACUUCCGUUUAGAGGCAAUUGGGAUGAGGAAACACACAGCGAGUUGAAUUCGAACUUCCACCAGUUACUUUUACUCCGAUGUGAAUAUGAUAAGGAACUGAGUGCAUGGCUUGCAAAAAAGCAAAACUACACGUCACCGGCUAUUCAAAACGAAAUGCUGCGAAUCGAAGCACUUAGUAUUUUACGUGACAUUGCAAAAAAUAUUCAGUCAGCUGAGAUUUUCACAAUCCUUGCAGAUGAAACAGGGGAUGUGUCAAAUACGGAACAACUUGUCAUUUGCAUUCGGUGGGUUGAUGAUGAAUUACAGGCUCACGAGGAGUUUAUUGGCCUCCAUCCACUACAUGAUACUAGUGCUGACCAAAUCGUUUUUUAA